UGUUUUAAACCCUAAACCCCUUAAUAUCUUAGAUUCUCUUUUCACUGUUAGAAGCCGUAAAUGCAAAAGCAAAGAUGUCGAACUCGAAAACCGCACAGGACGUAGAGCUACUGAAAUCUGAUAUAGCCUCAUUUGCUUCCUCUCUUGGCUUCUCCGCCGAUUCUUCUCUCCCUUAUUCCGGCUUCAACGAUGUCGAUUUUAGGAAAGCUGGUCCCCUUAAACCUCCAAAGCCCCCCAAAACCGCCAACACCCCAAAACAAAACUCACAACUUGAGAAGAAACGUAGCAAUACCCAGACCCCCAAAACUGAUAAAAACACUAAAAACAACCAAAGACCAAAGCCCAAGCCUCCCGCUUUGUCACUUGAUGACAGCAAUAAGAGUAAUAGGUUUUCUAGAGAUCCUGAUAAGUUUAAGAAUUUGCCAGCUUUGCCAUUGGUGAAAGCGAGUGCUUUAAGUGCAUGGUACGAGGAUGAGUCGGAGCUGGAGAAGAAAUUGUUUGGAGAGGAGGGGAAGGGGAAAAAGGCUGUAAAUGUUAGAAAUGUGGAGGAAUUGGAGAGAUUGGUGGAGAAGAAGACGGAACUUGGGGAAAGAUUGAUGUGGCAGUACGCGAAAGAUUACGAAUUAUCGAAAGGGAAGUCUGGGGAUAUGAAGAUGGUGUUGGCUAGUCAGAGGUCAGGGACGGCUGCUGAUAAAGUUUCUGCUUUUUCAUUUGUGGUUGCGGAUAAUCCUGUUGCUAAUUUGAAGUCGCUUGAUGGGCUAUUGGGGUUAGUAACAUCAAAAGUAGGAAAACGAUAUGCAUUCACUGGAUUUGAAGCUUUGAAAGAACUUUUUAUUUCAAAGUUAUUGCCUGAUCGAAAGCUGAAAACACUUAUACAGCGUCCUGUUAAUGAGCUUCCAGAGACAAAAGAUGGCUAUUCCCUUCUACUUUUCUGGUAUUGGGAGGACUGCUUGAAGCAGAGGUAUGAACGUUUUGUCGUUGCACUCGAAGAGGCAUCAAGAGAUAUGUUACCGGCUCUGAAAGACAAGGCACUAAAGACCAUGUAUGUACUGCUAAAGAGCAAACCAGAGCAAGAACGCAAGCUUCUAUCUUCACUAGUAAACAAACUUGGAGAUCCUCAAAAUAAGGGUGCAUCAAAUGCUGACUAUUAUUUAUCAAACCUCCUAUCUGAUCACCCUAAUAUGAAGGCUGUGGUUAUUGAUGAAGUGGAUACUUUUCUUUUUCGGCCUCAUUUAGGACUACGUGCCAAGUACCAUGCUGUCAAUUUUUUGAGCCAAAUUCGUUUGAGCCACAAAGGAGACGGGCCAAGGGUAGCCAAACGUUUGAUAGAAGUAUACUUUGCACUUUUUAAGGUACUGAUUUCUGAGGCAGAAAAAGGUCAACCAGUGGAUGACAAAAGCAACAAAGCAGUAAAAAGCACACAUAAGUCUAAGGAGAACAAAAGAAAAGGUAGCAGGGAAUCACAUGUUGAAUUGGAUUCAAGGCUUCUGUCUGCUCUUCUUAUGGGAGUUAAUAGGGCAUUUCCUUAUGUUUCAAGCAAUGAAGCUGAUGACAUAGUUGAUAUAGAAACACCAAUUCUCUUCCAACUGGUUCAUUCCAAGAACUUUAAUGUUGGAGUUCAAGCGCUAAUGCUUCUUGAUAAAAUCUCAUCGAAGAAUCAGGUUGUCAGUGACCGAUUUUACCGGGCUUUAUACUCAAAACUCUUACUUCCUGCUGCUAUGAAUUCAUCCAAGGCGGAAAUGUUUAUUGGACUUCUUCUGAGAGCUAUGAAAACCGAUGUCAAUUUGAAACGCGUGUCUGCCUUUUCAAAACGUAUAUUGCAGGUUGCACUUCAACAACCACCCCAAUAUGCUUGUGGCUGCCUUUUUCUUAUAUCUGAAGUUCUCAAAGCAAGGCCUCAAUUAUGGAAUAUGAUGCUCCAGAAUGAGUCAGUUGAUGAAGAUCUGGAACAUUUUGAAGAUAUUGUAGAGGAAACUGCCUCUGAAUCUAGCUUGCCAUCAAAGAAAGAAGAAAAUAAUGCUGAUAUCUGUGUUGGUGAAGCUGCCAACUCUGAUAGUUAUUCUUCAGAAGAUGAAGGUGUUUUGCCAUCCUCUUAUUCUGAUGAUGACAUUUCUGAAGAUGAGAAAGAGUUGUUUAGAGAGAUUCCAAAGGAUCAACAUCACAAGGAGCCCAAAAUAAUAUCCAAUCAAAAUGCAUUAACAUCUCCAAAAUCCACUGCCAAGCCUUUCUUGCCCGGAGGAUAUGAUCCCAGGCACAGGGAACCUUCUUAUAGCAAUGCGGAUCGUGCAAGCUGGUGGGAGCUGAUGGUACUUUCAACACAUGUUCACCCUUCAGUUGCCACCAUGGCUGCAACCCUUCUGUCCGGGGCCAAUAUUGUUUACAAUGGAAACCCAUUGAAUGACCUAUCACUUACUGCUUUUCUGGACAAGUUCAUGGAAAAGAAACCUAAAGCAAGCUCAUGGCAUGGUGGAUCCCAAAUUGAGCCUGCUAAAAAGCUUGAUAUGAACAACUAUUUGAUUGGACAAGAGAUUCUGUCAUUAGCUGAAACAGAUGUUCCCCCAGAAGAUCUUGUCUUCCACAAGUUUUAUAUGAACAAAAUGAAUUCCUCGAAGAAACCAAAGAAGAAGAAGAAGAAGAAAGCUGCAGAGGGAGAAGCUGCUGAAGAAUUGUUUGAUGUCGGUGGCAAUGUUGUGGAUGAUGAUUAUGUGGAUGGUGGUGAUGACAGUGAUAACGAAGAGAUUGAGAAUAUAUUGGAUUCGGCCAAUCCUUCUCUUGAUGCAGACGGGGACUAUGAUUAUGAUGAUCUAGACAAUGUUGCCAAUGAAGAUGAUGAUGACUUGAUAGGUGAUGCCAGUGAUGCAGAGAUGGACAUACCCUCUGAUGAUACUGAUGGAGAGGGUUUUGAUGUUGAUGCUGGCACUGAUAGUAUCAAUGAUGAUGGUGACGAUGCUAUUGCUAUUGGAGAUGCAGAUGAUCUUAGUGAUGGUGAGGAUGAGUUUCAUCAAAGAAAAAGGAAAAGAAAAUCUGGUAAAAAGACUUCAGCUUCUCCCUUUGCAAGUCUUGAAGAUUACGAGCAUUUGCUAAACGAGGAUAGCCCAACCGAGAAAGAUUCCAUAAGAACGAAAAAGUCCAAACCUCGUAAAAAGAAGUUAUCUAAGUGAUUCCUGCCUUACCUGGUUUAUUCAGAAUCUCAUGGUAUUGCAUUCUGAACGUUUGUUUAAUUAUGUGCCGGAAGAUCGGUCCCUUGGAACCCAUGCCUUUCAUCAAUAAUGGAUGAGGCAUGCCUCACUCCGAAUGAAUGGAUGAACAAUUUUCUCACCUCCUUUAAGCAUCAGGAGUGAAUCUAAAACUCAUAAAUGAUUCCAGAAGCAAGACACCAAGGGAAUUGAGGGUAGGAAUUGACCGAGUAAGAAAAUUUUGUUCAUUGUCUUUUACAUGCUAUAAUCUAAAUGUUGUUUUAUACAUAAUCAUAUUUUUAUGGAAAUCUUGUGGCAAUUGGUAGCUUUUGUGAUUGACAAUUGAAAUUUUCUUAAAACAGAACAAAAUGAACAACUGCUUCAUUGAAUAAACUCUUUGGAGUUCACUUCA